GAGGAAGCAGAUAAAUAUGCAAGGAGGCUGAGGAGACACAUGCAGGGAGAAAAUGACUUCCUUUAUGGUCUUCACUUACUACGACUGGAGAAACACACUUCAGCCCUGUGGUUAUUCUCGGAACAGAGAGCAGACCCGACCCAGAGGACCUGAGACUCCUGGAUGCUUCAUAGUGAUGGAGUUGGGUUUCUUUUUCCCCUCUACCUGGAUGGGAAAGGCAAAAGAACUAAAAGGGAUGUUACUCCUCCUCUUCAUUGCUACCUUUAUCUUCCUCCUCAGCCUCAAUAUGAGAAAACACAUGACGUACAAAGCUUUCCCAAAGCCGCUUUCUGCGUCCAAAAUGUGCUCCCUGCAGAUCUCUGAGCAGACCCUAACCCCCCUCAACAAUACCAAGCACAUUCUGGUGUCGGCCUACAUGGACCAGAGAGUGAAGGGCUUGGAUAUACGCAUCAUCGGCAUCUUUAAGAUGGACUCCGACCAACCCCUCUACUGUCUUUUCUGCUGUGCAGGCCAGUUGUCAAAUGCAACUCCAACAACAAUUUUAAAACACAAUGAAAACUUUGGUUUUCCCUUCAUCACAACAGAUGUCAUGUGUGGAAUUCCUAAGGGCUUCAGUGCUACACAUGUCACUCUGUUGACGCAGCCACACAGUGUUACAAUACCUAACCAGACUUGGCUUCCUAUAAGAAACCAGAAGACCGGUAGGGAGGAGGAGCAAAAGUUACAGUUUAACUUCACAGUCUGCAUCUCCAACCUGUUCGGAGAUUACAACAAUGUGCUUCAGUUUGCACAGACUCUGGAGAUGUACAGGUUGCUGGGUGUGGACCGGGUGGUGAUUUAUAACACCAGCUGUGGGCCAGAGCUGGACCGCCUGCUGCAGAGCUACAGCCAGGAGGGCUUCGUGGAGAUGGUCCCGUGGCCCAUCCACCGGUACCUUAACCCAUCAAAGGGCUGGCUCUUCUCACAGAGCGGGGGGGACGUUCACUACUUCGGCCAGCUGAUCACGCUCAAUGAGUGCAUUUACAGAUCCAUGAAGCACUCGCGCUACGUGCUGUUAAACGACAUCGAUGAGAUCAUAAUGCCGUACAAACACAACAACCUGAUGUCUCUGAUGGACAUGCUCCAAAAGCAGCAGCCAAAUACAGGAGUAUUCCUCAUUGAGAACCACAUCUUCCCCAAGCACCAUUUUGAGCCAAGCGGGAGGUUUCACCUGCCUCAGUGGAGCGACGUGCCGGGAGUUAAUAUUCUGGAGCAUAUUUACAAGGAGGAUCCCGACAGGAGUAUAUACCACCCGCACAAGAUGAUAGUUCAGCCAAGGUUGGUGGAGCAGACCUCGGUGCAUGAAGUGAUCAAGAACUUUGGAAAACAGUUCAAGGUUCCUAUGGACGUUUGUCGGAUCAUUCAUGUCCGUGUGGCACUGCGGGGGUCGUUAAAGUUUGAGCAGCUCCGUGAGGACAAACGGCUGUGGGACUUCCAAGAAAAACUGAUUCCUAAUGUGGACAAAGUCCUGAAGAGAGCGGGGCUGCUGGGCUCAGAGGGGCGGAGCUGAUGGAUGGGAAGGACGGACACUUGAACAGAUGAAUGUGACCCUUUAAAUCCCAAAACAUCCCGGUUAAAUCUAUGUCAUAUCAUUAAAAGUUGCUCUGUCUUCGCUCUUAA